AAUGAGGCAGAAGGAGGAGAAAACGCACAAGACGCCAUGGAAGUUGACGAGCCACCUGUCAACGGCGUGUGGGGAUGCACCAGGUGAUGGAGACGAUGUGAAUGACAUUGGUGUCAUCCAGCCUAAGCAGAAGAAGGAAGAGAGUGUCAAGAAAGCGCAUCUGACAGCUGCUCAGCAGAAGGCUCUGACACUUUCAUACGAGGACUACAAGAGAACUGCUAACCUGCUUGUUUUACACCUGCUGCGUGAGGAGAGUCGAAUGGAAGCUGCGGAGCAGGAAGGGGCAGCAGCUGACGAUUGA